UGAGAGCCCAUUCAUAUAUCAUCAUCUCCCAGAUUCGUUGACUGAUCAAAUCUGUCCGGCGGAAAAUGCUACAUCCCCUCCGGCAUUGAAAGAGCAAAACAGAACUGCCAGAGGGGAAGGCAACGACGAUGUCGCCGCCGGCUUCCUCACGGUGGCGCACGGCUGUUUCCGUUAUCGUCCUGUCUUUCCUCUUCAUCUCGCCGGCCACCGCCAUCUACUGCGAUGAAGACGAUUGCUACGAUCUACUCGGGGUCACUCAGAGCGCCACCGUAUCGGAAAUCAAGAAGGCUUACUACAAGCUCUCGCUCAAACAUCACCCGGAUAAGAACCCGGAUCCGGAAUCGAAGAAGCUCUUCGUGAAAGUCGCAAAUGCCUAUGAGGUACUGAAACAAUGAAGAACAUUCUUCGUCAUUUGUCGAAUUUUUAUACUUUUCCUUAUUUGGGAUGGAUUUCGAAUGAAUUUGACUGCAGAUUCUGAAAGAUGAAGCUACAAGGGAGCAGUAUGAUUAUGCAAUUGCACAUCCAGAGGAGGUAUUCUACAACACUGCUCGGUACUAUCAAGCGUAUUACGGUCACAAAACGGAUCCUCGCAUAGUCCUGGUUGGGCUUCUUCUACUGCUCUCAGGGUUUCAGUAUCUGAAUCAGAUGUCUAGGUACCAGCAGGCAGUUGAGAUGGUGAAGAAGACACCCGCUUAUAAGAACAAGCUACGAGCUUUGGAACUUGAACGUAAUGGUGGGCUUUCAUCUAAGAAGAAGAAUAACAGGCAAAUGGACAAAAAAGUAGAGGAAGAUCUCAGCAAUGAACUUCAGCUGGACAUAAAAGGUGCUCAUCAACCCUGCAUCUGGGAACUUUUCGGUGUCCAAUUUGUUCUGCUACCUUACACUCUUGGGAAGUUGUUGUUGUGGAAUGGCUGUUGGUUAUGGAGAUACAAGUUGAAGAAAGCUCCCUAUGCUUGGGAAGAUGCCUCCUAUCUAACUCGUAGGUCACUUAGAGUGCCACUUGAACAAUGGGAAAGCAUCGAUGAAUCGACGAAGGAAGAUCUUGUUCAACGACGUCUGUGGGAGAAGUCGAACUUCGAGAGCUACGUAGCUGAAAUGCGUAAAGACUCGAAGCGCAGGAGAUAAAAAAACCGAUGUUCUAGUAGCUUGCCCAUCUUACUUAUCUCUUCCAAGGGAGGGGGGGCUGGCAAACCAACUGAUGACACAAAUUUUUGGUAGUCAGAUACGGUAUACAUAUACAUGAAGCAAUUCUGUAGCAAAGAUGCAGCUGAAUGAGUCAAUUUGUAUUGCUGCGGCAACUUCAGUUCUUUCAUUACUACGUCUGCAAGGGACUCUGAACUGAACACAAAACUACAUAGAAAGUAGAUUAUGAAACAAAUGAGUUGGAAGUUUAUGUUAGUGGAUAACGUUAUUUAGUGCUCAAUUAUCACUCUUGAGAGAACGAAAGGUAUCGGUCGACC